AAAGCAUCAAGCAUGGAUACUGUCUCCUGAACCGGAGCCAAAUAGUCCGUCUACAGCGCCAGAAGGAGCGAUUGAAAAAGAAAAGGAAAGGCGCUGGGCGCUUUUGGGAAAAUAUUUAUCUCAAUAUGUAACUUACACGAAUCCAACAACUGCUUGGUUAUUAAAUGACGAUAUGACUGGAAGGCUUACUAAAACAUUUUUUUCCACGAUUACUAAUAAUGAAAACUUGGGUGGUGUAAGACUUAUCCGAGGUUAUCAAGAGGUAAAAAGGUUCGCUUUUCAAAAAUCGAAUGAGGACACUGCCAAAAAGAAAAAGGAGGAGGCGGAAACUGUUACCAGAAGCAUUCCUCCAUUAGAUGCGCAGCAAAGAGACAUAAAACUGGAAACUAUGGAAACCCAAGAUUAUGAAAAUGAAGAGAGCGAAGGUGAAGAACGUGUCAUUGAUCAUCUUAUUUUGGUAAUUCAUGGGAUUGGUCAAAAACUGAGUGAAAGGAUAGAAUGGUUACAUUUUGUUAAUGAUGUUAAUACACUAAGAAAAACCCUCAAGUCCAUAUUUGCGAACCAUACGCCUGAAACUUCUCAAAAUUCUGCGAAAAGUGGGUCAAGUACAAGUUCUAGCAGGCGUAAUUCUACUCUAUCUGACAGAUUUUCUCAAGGUAAAAAUGGAAUUCAAGUAUUACCUAUUCAAUGGCGUCAGGAAAUCAAGUUCGGUAUGGCAGCAGAUGAAGAAAAUUUUCAAAGGGAUUUGGGCUUGCCUAAAGCCGCUGAAGAGGGAAAAACCACUCUAGGUGAAGUCACAUUGGAGGGUGUACCAACAUUACGACUACUUCUUUCUGAUGUUCUAAUGGAUGAAAUUAUGAUUAAUACUGUUACGAAUGAAGCAAAUAGAAUCUACAAUUUAUUUAUUCAACGAAACCCGAAAUUUGUUGAGAAUGGGGGUAAGGUUUCAUUAUAUGGCCAUUCACUUGGGUCUGUAUUGGCCUUUGAUGUCCUGUGUCAUCAGCCUCCGAUUCCUCCAAGUACUGGUGAAAUUGCUCCAACGUCUGGUACAAAACACGAAAGUUAUGCCAAGCUUGAUUUCCCUGUUCAGAACUUUUUCAGUGCUGGCAGUCCCAU